CCGCGGGGUGAGCAGCCGCCGCGCCACUUCCGACGCCGCCCUCCCUUCAGGUUCCGGGGCGCCGCGGAGCUCCGGGCCUGCAGAGCGCGCGGCGCUGUUGGGAGUACGGCGCCCCGGGCCCGGCGGCGGCCGGGAUGGAGGAGACCGGGGCGGCGGUGGCCGCAGCCGGGGAGGCCGAGCUGAACCUGUCCCGCCUCAGCGUGCCCGCCGAGACGCUGGAGGCGGAGCUGGAGGCGCGGGCCGAGGAGCGGCGCGGCGCGCGGGAGGCGCUGCUACGGCUGCUGCUGCCGCACAGCCGGCUGGCGUCGCUGCCGCGGGCGCUGGGCAGCGGCUUCCCGCACCUGCAGCUGCUGGACGUGAGCGGCAACGCGCUGACGGCGCUCGGGCCCGAGCUGCUGGCGCUGCGCAGCCUGCGCACGCUGCUGGCCAAGAACAACCGGCUCGGCGGGCCCGGCGCGCUGCCCAAGGGCCUGGCGCGCUCGCCGCUCUGCCGCAGCCUCCAGGUGCUCAACCUCAGCGGGAACUGCUUCCAGGAGGUGCCCGCCUCGCUGCUGGAGCUGCGCGCGCUGCAGACCCUCUGCCUGGGCGGCAACCAGCUGCAGAGCAUCCCGGCCGAGAUCGAGAACUUGCGGAGUUUAGAGUGUUUGUAUCUUGGAGGAAACUUCAUCAAAGAAAUCCCACCAGAAUUAGCAAAUCUGCCUUCUCUAAAGUAUUUGGUGUUAUGUGACAACAAAAUCCAAAGUGUGCCUCCUCAGCUUUCACAGUUGCAUUCCCUUCGUUCCCUCAGUCUUCACAAUAACUUGCUGACGUACCUGCCUCGAGAGAUCCUCAACCUUAUUCAUUUGGAAGAAUUGAGUUUGCGAGGAAACCCGUUGGUGGUUCGUUUUGUUAGAGAUUUAACCUAUGACCCUCCAACUCUCCUGGAGUUAGCUGCACGGACCAUUAAAAUUCGAAAUAUUCCCUACACCCCCUAUGAUCUUCCUGGGAAUCUUCUUAGAUACUUGAGCUUAGCCAGCAAUUGCCCAAAUCCAAAGUGUGGAGGAGUCUACUUUGACUGCUGUGUCAGACAGAUUAAAUUUGUGGACUUCUGUGGGAAGUACCGCCUCCCGCUGAUGCACUACUUGUGUUCGCCAGAAUGCUCUUCCCCGUGCAGUUCCGUCUCUCACAGCUCCACAUCCCAGAGCGAGUCUGACUCGGAGGACGAAGCUGGUGUUGCCGCACACAGAAUGCAGAAGGUUCUUCUUGGUUGAACAGAGUGCAGGGGGGUGUGAGUCACUGAAAGACUGAGCAGAAGUGGUUAGAAAAGAAAAGACUUUGGAAGGUCACGAGUAACCUUGUCUUCAUCUUGAAUGUCCGUGAAAGAGUCGGAGAUGAUGUAAAAGGUUCUGUGUUUCAUCUGCCCAUUCAUCAGGGAUGAGUCCAGUUCCAUGUUUGGAUUUCUUCGAUAGAAUUCACUCUGAAUGGCAGUUUCAAAUUUGGCUGGUUGUUUGCAGUUUUCACUCAAGUUUUAUAUGAAUUACACAGCAGAAUGGAAUGUUCUGAAGAGCAGUGCUAUAAUAAACCGUGAGCAGUGUAACUUGUGACAGUUGAGUGAAGAAAGAAAUGAUCAAAGCUGUAAUUACUACCAGAAUUGUCUUUGGGUUUCGGUUGAACACCGUAUCAUGACGGGAGGAGCCCUCCCUUCUUGUAUUGCCCAUAUGUCUAGAUUACAGAGCUAUUCAGAUAAGCUCACAGAUGGCUACAUAGGACCUAAAUGUUUCUGACCUGCUAACUGCUAAACAAAGGGACGUAACUUUUAUGUAGGAUUUUAAAACUGUUCAGUUCUGCUCCCUUGUUCUAUGUGAUUGUUGCUACCCUCGUGUCAUCCAGCAAUAACUGUUAUAGUGCCUUAAUUCUAGCAAAGAUUGGGAAAUUUAUCCAAGAAAUGUUGCCAGAGCAGCCUGUAACCUGACAUUCUAUGCAGAACACUUUAAAAUGUGCUUUAACGGAACUAGAUAAAGAACUGUAUAUCUGACAUCUGAGCUCAUGGCCUCCUGAGCGUCAAUCUUUUGUUUAAACAUGAAGUGAUCCCCUGUAAGCAAAUCACUUUUACCCUUAAUGAGAGGCCGUGGUCUUGAUCAGUUGUUCAUCGUAAGACAGAAUAACACUUCUUGAUUGGAAAACUGGUCAGAUUUCUUUUGACAGAAAAGAGAUGUAAGCUUGCAAAGCUUCUUUAUGUCUUGCAUUACAGGAGAGGGAAAAUGAUUUAAAAAUUUUUAAUCGUCAAAGACGACUUCUUUGCCUAUAUACUAACCUGUAACUUUCUCUAUAUUUUAAAGAAAAACUAGAAAAACAUUACAACAAGUCAGAUAAAAUUGGGAGCAGGAAUCGUUUGUGUAAAGAUUAAAGUAGUCUUUAAAUUGUGUGAAAUAGAACGAUUUUUGUAUCGAUAACAUAUAAAAAAUUUAUUAAAUAUAUUAUAUCCUUAAAGUAUUGCAGAAAUAUGGUUUCAAAAGUUAAUUGCUAUGAGAAAUGACAAAAUUUUCACUAACUAGUUUAAUAUGCAAUAAAAAUUGAAUAAUAGUACAAUUAUAAGUUGAUAUUAUAAAAGAUAGUACACAACAUAUACUAGCAGCCAUUAGGUAACUAACCUGUAGUAGCAUGGUAGUUUGUUGGUAAGUGUUACCUGUACAGUAAUAGGCAGGUCAGAAGCUCACCGGAGCAUCAAAUGAUCUCCCUUCUGACCUCCUGGCAUUCAUGAUGGGGGCACAUCAUUUCUUAAAAGCAUAUUGUUGUAUAGUAAUGAUAUGUACGUGUGUUAGGUUUUUGUCCUAUAUAUUAUUUUUUAUUUUAGAAGAAAAUAUACCGUAGGCUAGUUCGGGUUUGUUUGUCGUGUGUUAAUUCAUGAAACAUCCUGAGAGUUUCAUGACUGCAGUUGUGAAACGCUGCUAUUGAGUGAAUCCCUUCACCUUAUUACUGUAGUGAGAUUCCUCUUUCCUUCUGAUUCAGAACUCUUCUGACUGUGUCUAUAGAAGUAAUCUAGUAUGUUUCUACUGCCUAGCAUAGUACGUGGGUAAUUAUAUCAUAAGAUGGAAGUAAUAGAAAGUCUUUGUUUACAUUUUCAUUUGAGCCACAGCAAUGGCAUACCACGAAAUUAGGAAAGGUAAAAAUGACUUAGGCACUGCCUAAGUGGCAAGCCCAAAAUGUUUUGUAAGUGACUUAGUUAAGAUACAUAAAAUAUUUUCGUAGAAAAUAAAUGACAUAUUCAUAGUAAAAUGCUCAAAUUGACAGGACCAAAUUUUUCUGGCUUAAAUGCCUCAGUUUACUUCCUCAUUCAUUACCAGCUUGAUCUAAGUAACAGCAUGGGUAAUCUUCUAAGAGUUAGUCUUUGUAAAAUAAAUGGAUAGGUAUGUAAAUAUAGUACUUAACCUUAUUUACCUCUUUCCAGCUUCCCAGAAAGAAGGUACACUGAUUCAUCUUUUACAGAUGUGAAUAGGUCCAACCAGAAACAGUUUCUGGCUUUUGCUACAUGAUGUAGACAUAUACCAUAGUAUACAGCAAAAUGGCUUUCAACAAAAUGUUUGUUAUGGUUUUCCAUAUGUGCAUUUGAAAAUCUAAGAUCUGCGUGCAACUUGUCUUUGGUGACUUUUACUGAAAUCUACAUUUUAGCUGUAUUAUCCUCUUUUUUCUUUUUUUUAAAUCUUUGACCUAACCUUUUACAAGAGCUGCUAAUAUUUUCUAAGAUUUUCCCUGUUUCUUUUCCAUCACUUCCCUUUUUUCGUAACUGGUGAUUGUAGAAAUUAACCAGAAGAUGCGAUGCAAGGGAGCUGAUAUUCUUGAGACCAGGUAGUCAGCUCCUGAGUCAUAUAGCUGGCUCUGUCUUUAAAGUGAUCGUCUCUCUCUUUAGUUGCUAAGUCACAUGUUUGUGUUUAAACUGAAGUUAAUAAGCUUUAACUGUAUUUUUUGAGAUUUACAGAAUCUGCACUAAUUUUCAUAAUGAAUAAGUUUUUGAUAUUGCUCAACUCGGACAAUUUUGGUGACCAGGACUUCUGUGGUUAGAACUACGUAACCAAAGCAUUAUUCUGUUUGGAAUGGAAUUCUUCAGUGCUGAAAUUUGAAAUUGAAAUGGGUGGAUUGAACGUUCUUAGUCAUCUUUCUUCCUAGAAUCCAGUUCUCUCAGGAUCACCAAGCUGAGUUGGUGAAAUAGUCCUAGGAUUUUAGGGAGCAGGAAGAUUAGCUAAUAGAACAUUUUGCCCCCUGGAGUCAGCGAUUGGCCAACCUAGGGACGAGCUAGUCCAGGUUCACAGGAUUCCUUGUAGUUGAGUAGUGGAGGUAGAUCUGAGAGUUACUGUUCGUAUUUUACUUUUAAAUGUCUGCUGGAGGAGUCUCUUAUUCUAAAAUUCUUGAUAUUUGGAACUUUAAGUACCAAGUUUAAAAGUAAAGACUUGCAUUGUAAACUGUCCCUCAAAUUUGAGAAAUUUUUGUGUUGCUGUAGGCGAUCCGCCCUAGUGCAGUGUAGUACUGCAGACCAAUUCGGCCAAACACUGUAAAUACCAGUUUUAAAUGGAAGAGAAGGAAAAGGCUGAUUGCUGGAGCAUUAAAUGGAAGAAAUCUUUAAAAGCUCAAAGGCCAGGGAGAGAGAAGUCACCAGACACCCAUGGAUCCUCCUGAGCCAAGAAAGCCCUUUAAAGUAAUGAUGAGUUGUUACAAAGUUAGGUGGCCCGCUGACUACCAUCUGAAAGCCGUAUCACCAAAUUUCUUCAGUUUCUGCUCUUGGGAGAUUGUCCACAUCCCUCCACAAUGAAGGGCCCAGCAAGUGAUACGACUUUCUUAGGGCCAACCUCGCUCUUUGCAAAGGGAGAGAGUAAUACCUCAUUAACCUAAAAUUUGUGGUAUAGCCUUGAUUAGUGUUUACCUUUUCACUCCGUAAAAAAGAAAAACCACCAAGCAAAUAAUUAGUGCAAAUAAAGUUUGAUCUUUUAAAGCAUUUUAGCAGUAGCUAUUUAUAUAAAAAGUUAUUCUGAAUUAGAAGACCCUUUGUAGGUAAAACUUUAUCCAUUAUAGUAUGUAUAUAUAAAAUUAGUUAAGCUUCAUUUAUUUAGAAAUAGCUAAAUGACCUCCUUUCUUCUCAUCUGAAGUAUAGAUUUUAUUAUGUCAGUAUAAAUAGUACUCUCCAUUUAGUCCAAAAUAGUCAGCUUUUAAGUUAUGCUGGGUGUUUAGCAACAGUAAAGGCAGCUGUGUAGGUUUUUAGGCAACAUGAUUUGUAAUACAUAGUACUUGACCUUCACUGUUUCUGUACUGUACUCUGUAUAACGUUAAUCUGAUGAAUUUAAUAGCAUCCAGUUUUGUGUUUUCGUUGUAGUCAUGAUCUUUUUAAAGGUAGCAGUGCCUUCAGUUGUGCUCAGAAAGUAUGUGCCUUAAAUCCUCCACUCUACACCCAAAGUUUGGGGAACUGUGUCGUUUAAUAACUUGUUUCUGACAGCCCUGUGACGGUUUGCAUUUGACUCGAGGGAGAAAGACUCAUCUUGAGCAACUCCUUCCCCUAAAACAGGGCCUCAUGUCUGUGAGUCUAGGGCUUCUGGAGAGAGAAUCCCAGUCAUGCCUGCUGUCACAGAGGUCAAAGCCAUGAGGAUCAGGGUCCCCUGGAAUGAAUGAAAGGUAUAAUUCUCUUUCAUGUUAUGAGAAAAUGUAUCUGCUACCACUAAGUGGGGGGCAGCAGUUCCUAACCCACUUCAUAUUGAUAGCAUCAUGGAAAGAUAUUAGUCCCAUGAGGCCUAGCAUAUUUUGUGAGUGGUUUCUUUGUAAUACUAGGUUGAAAGGGGCCUACGUUUUAAUAUUUUUCAUGUAAAUAUCUCCAUUCCUUUUCUAUCUCUCAGUCCGUAUUUGCUAAGAAUUGAUGUAGAAGAUAACGGUUCACUAACAACAAACCUUCCACAUUAUUGAACACUCACAGGGUAAUAUUGAUUUGGGUGCUACUAGACUUUUACCUAGCAUUUGUCAGUCUCAAUUUAUUGUAAGGGACAGUAUUCAAUCUAGUAAAUGUAUUAGUUUCAUGAAGGUUAUUUAUAUACUGUUAUACCAGAAAGCCAGGGUUGGAGAGGCUGUCUGCCUUCACCAGAACUUACUUUCUUCCUUUGGCUGUGAAUAAAUUGGAUAAAACUGUUUUAUUCUAAAUUUCAGUUAGGAGAAGAAAUUUGGAUAAGAUUUCUGUUACUGGCACUACAGAAACAUUACUAAAUUGGUUAAUUCUUCUGUCUCCCACUGAUGUUUCAAGAGAAUCCUUUGACUAACUUAAAUGGUUGACAUUGACGUGUUAUUGACAAGGAAUAUUAACCUCAGCAAUCACUUUACAACGAUCGUAGAGAGACCUGUGUUCCUGUAAUCGGUGUGUGUUGCACUUCUGAGUCUACUUUGUGUUCAUGAGAAACAAAAACAAUGGGAGAAAUAUUUUAAAUAACCCGUAUUUUAACCUUUUAUAAAGUUUGGGCCUUUGAAAUAUCAACAAAGGAUAUUGAAAAUAUAUGUACUUUUAGUCAAAUUACUUUUUAUUAUUUGAUUUCUUAGUUUUCUGUAUUUGAGAUUUAUGAAUUAGGAAUAUCUGUAUCUAUAGGUAUAUAGAUAUUUACAACUUAAUGGUAAUGAUAAAUGUAAUACUGCAACAUGAUUCAACAAUUAAAUUUUAUUUUCAGGACAACAUAUAGUUUACUACAUCAGAUUUCUGUUACCUUGUAAUGGUGAAUGCUCUAGAAAGAAUAUUUAAGCUACUUCAAUUCUGUACCUCCUUUCCCCCCCGAGGACAUACAAAAAAUGUGAUCUUAUAUUAACCCUCUGUGUGAAUUUUGCCUUAUCAAACAUUGUGCCUUAUUUUAUUAAAAGUGUUUGGUUGGUAUCUGAUUCUGUAUUCUGGAAAAAGUAACAGUAUUUUAGUUUUAAUUGACAAGCAUUUACUUAAAAAAAAUUAAAAUCCCUAUAAUGUU